CUUUGAUUUAAUUUGUUAUUCCGUACGAACAACUGUUACUCCGGUACGCUCCGGUAUUCAUGAUGUUCAUGAUCUUCUAGCAGUUGGAAAGAAUAGCACGAGAUAGAGCUUCGGUUCGUAAUUGACUGCUGUUGUGUAAUUCCAGGGUACAGUGAGGUAAUUUCAAAUAUUAAUUCAGUAGCUUCGUUGUAAAAUGUACCGUAAUUUAAAAAUGAAAACAAAACACUGUAAAAAUCACACCGACAACGAUACAGGUCAAGCGUUCGAUUUAUCAUACAAUUAAUCACUAUCGAUACGAUACUAUAAGGCGUAAUUGCAUUGGGCCACUGCAGCAAUAAUAUUAAUAAGAUAAAAUGAAAAUAACGUGCUUAUGUACGUGAAAUGUAUUAACGUGAUGAAUUUGAAGUGACCUAUGUUAAUUUCGAUCAAUUAAUUUUGCGCAUGUGGUUUUGUUUAUUGAAAUGUUUCGCGUUCGUGUGCGCUCAGGUUACGGUGAAUUUAAGUGAGGUGCUUAAGAAAAUAGAGGAAUAUGAAUACCGUCUCAUCAUUCUUGUCGCCGAGAACUUCUGCAUUAAUCGCGUAUCAAGGAAGUGAACACCGUUAAGAUGGCAUCACCGAAGUGCAGAAGCGGAGUUCCAUCUCUUCAUAGUCUUUGUUGGAGAACAGAAGUUGCUGAACAGUGCUCAUAAUGCAGAGAUGCUAUUCCACCUUCUUACCGCAACAGCUGUGUUGAAGACCAGACCCUGCAAAUCUCCUCUUCCGGAAGUAUUUCGAGAACCACUGCAUAUGUGGUUCAUCACCUAAACGACAACACGCACUCUGAAAUACAAGUACCUUCCACAAUGGAACAGCCUAUCGGAGAAGGGGUAGAGUCGACAGAAUAUCUGCUCGAGGACAGUAAAAAAUGGCCUCAAUAUUUAGCAGCAACUUUAGCCACACUCUUUGCCGUAUGUGUGGGCACCGUUGAUGGCUGGACGUCACCGGCACUGCCUCUCCUGCAGGACUGUGAGCUGUCACGAGGAUACAACUCUUCCAACGACUCAUUCCACCACGUGAUAACCGACGACGAAGCCUCUUGGAUCGGAUCUCUAGCACCCCUUGGAGGUCUAAUUGGAGCCAUGCCGGCAGGCUAUCUGGCGAAUAUCAUAGGACGAAGACAGUUGCUGCUGUUUUUGACUGUGCCCUUGCUUUUGGGUUGGAUGACAAUCAUCAUUGCUCAAGAUUCGGUGCCUUCACUAUACAUUGCUCGGUUCAUCUUGGGUGUUGCUUGUGGGGCUGCUACGGUGGCGACACCCCUCUACAACGAGGAAAUCGCCGAAGUUAGAGUCCGGGGCGCUUUAGGCGUCAAUAUGGACAUGAUGUUUAAUGUCGGCAUUCUCUACAUAUACAUUAUCGGCGUCCUGGACUCGUAUUUGUGGCUUUCCAUUUCUGCUUGCAUCAUUCCCGCCAUAUUUGCUGUUACUUUCUUUUGGAUGCCUGAGUCUCCAAUUUUCCUGGUCUCCAAAGGUGAAACUGAUAAAGCUGAAACAUCACUGUGUUGGCUUCGUGGUCUAGGUAAAAUGAAAAACAUUGAUAUUGAACGUGAACUAAAUCAGAUGAAAAAAUUUGUGAAUGAUUCUCUUUCAAAGAAAAGUAAACAAGUCACCGAAAACACCAGAUGCGGAGUUUUUAAGGAAUACAUUGCAGAUCUGUCUGUUACAUCCCCAACAGCUAAAGCUGUCAAAAUAAUAUUUGGCCUGAUGAUUUUUCAGCAGUUGACUGGUAUUGAUGCUGUUAUUUACUACACUGUAGACAUAUUUAAUGAAGCUGGUACUAGUUUAUCUUCAUCUGUCUGUGCUAUAAUAGUUGGAAUACUGCAACUAAUAUCCACAUAUAUACCAUCCCUAAUAGUUGAUCGAGCAGGUAGACGCAUUUUACUUAUCCUUUCUGAAUUAGGUAUGGCUGUGAGCUUGUUGGUUUUGUCACUCCAUUUCACUAUGCAGAAUAAUCAUGUGGAUGUGUCAUGGGCAGGGUGGAUUCCAUUAAUAGCUGUAAAUACAUUCAUCAUUGCCUUUUCCAUUGGUUUUGGACCAUUACCAUGGUUAAUAAUGGCUGAAUUGCUAUCAACUGAAGCAAAGGUAUGGGUUAGUUCUAUGGCUGCAUGUCUAAAUUGGAGUCUUACAUUUGCAGUCACUAAACUGUUUCCAAUAGUAAAUCGUGAUUUCGGACCAGCAGUGACAUAUGGUGGCUUCUGCUUUGUUUGUAUACUGGGAACUGCAUUUGUGAUAUAUUUUGUUCCAGAAACUCAGGGAAAGUCAAGGGAAGACAUCCAGCUUGAGCUGAUAGGAAAAUAAAUGUUGUAAUAGGGAUAUUUAUUUUGGUAAAUAAUGUUGUUGAUUACCUCUAACUCUUCAUCUCCUAGAGGAAGUUAUUAGUUUUGUGCCUUCAAUCUAUAGUAAGUUGUAGCAUAUUUAGCAAUAUUAAAUUGUAAAUAUUCAUUCAGGAAAUAGGUAUGUAAAUUGAAUAAGAUAUUCUCUUCAUAGUCUGUUGACCUGCAACUCUGAUUUUAUGAGUUGUAAUUCUAGUUUUGUAGUAGGAUAUUUUGGGAAUAUUCAGUGAUCAUACUUACUGUGUUACUGAUCACUUCCUAUGUAAAUAAUUAAACUAUAAUUAGUAAAGUGACAUCAGAAAUACUUUGUCUUAUUUACUCGUGACAUAAUAUAUAAUUUAUUAUUUGAAAACUUAUUUAAGAUUGUUCCUUUCACUUUCGAAUCUUAAUUUUGUGCUUUAUGAAAUUAUCUAGCAUUCUUGUUAUAGUAACUGAAAGAUGUGUAAUGGCUUAUCAGUCUGCUGGAGUUCUCAUACAUUUCUGUGGAUCCUUAAAUAGUCCACAGCUCCUUUGGACCUCAAAUGUGACAGAAUCAUAAUUCGUUGUGAUAUCAUUGUUAUUAACAUUAGCACAUUUUGUGUAACACUUCAGUGACUUUAGAUAUUCUAUUUCAGUUUGUGAAAUUAAGAAGUAUAAAGUUGAUGCCUUUUUUAACUUGCAGUUUAUAAUUGAUCUAUUUUUCAGUGACAAGUGUAUGAAAAGUAAAACUAUGACACAUGGGAUACAUUUUUAAAAGAAAUGUCAUCUAAAAUUACCUGUAUUCCAGGAAAUAAAGCAGCUGGUCCAACCUUGUACAUAUAGAUGCUGUGGAGAAGUUUGUAUGAAUCAGUUUAGUCUGUUUUGCAAUUAUUCAGAUGGCAGGAAGGAUGGAUAUUGAAUGAGUAAUACUAGCAAUGAUUUCUAAUACUUUUCCCCACCUGUACUCUUGUCAUCAUUUCGUGUUCCUCUUGUUCAAGUUAUGUUUGAAUCACAGUCUUCCUUGCUCGAAAUAUCCUUGCAGUUCCAAGUAAACCAUACAAAUCACAAAGUUCACCAUUGUCUCCAUUCCCCAUAUAAAUCAUAUCUCUUGUACAAAAAUGUAUUGUUAACUUAUAUUGUUAUCAUCUGGUGCAUUCUGAUAUACAAGGAAUCCUCCCACUUUCUAGGAUGACCUCCAUCUGUAUGGCCAACCAGAUGCAUGUUAUAAUUCUCUGAGAUAUUCUGUUUGGCUCUAUGCAGAUGUGUUAAUAUAUUUUUAUUCCUUGGUUUCUUUAUUUGUUUUAAAAUUUUCACAAUUCACUGGAUGUUAUAUUGUUAUGUACAAAGACACAAAAGUUUCCCAACAUGUUUCAAAAUCACAAUUUUUAUAUUUUAAUACUAGGACUGCCAUACUUUUGCGUGAACUUUUAAUUGAGUUUUUCUGUUGAUUUUUUUUUUUUGCUGAUCUGUUAGUGUCAGUGCAGCCUGACCUAUAUUGAAAUUUAUAUAACAUAUUAAUCAGGUCCUUAUCAUAAUCGCAUGACACAUUGCAGCAGUAACCGCGUUACUGUUAAAUAUUAGUAUUAUUUAUCAUUAUUUUUCAUCUUCGAGUACUUUCUCCAAAAUCCCAUUAAUUAUGAGUUUCUAAGUUGUAUGUACUUAUUCUGUGCUUUAAUUAAUGAAUAGCUAUUUGUAUAUUACCAUGCUUUAAGCAAUAAAACUUGAUAAGUCUGUAAACAGUAUCCCAUUUAAAAUCAACUAAUCCAUCUUAACAUUAAUCGUUCCUGCCACUAACGUACAACUACAUCAAUAUAGACCCUAAAUGUGCCACAGGGCUACCUUGUCUCACCCCUUCAUUAACGGGCUUUUGUUUUACUCUCUUGUCAGUUUCGAUAGAAGUGCUUUCAUAAAGGAUGCUUAAAAUUUGAAUUAGAUGUUCAGGAUAUAUUAGCUUAUUUAUCAUGUUUCAUAAUUUGCCUUGGAGUACUCUAUAAAAUGAAGAUUACUGUCCUAUGGGUUGUACCUCGUAUAAUUUAACAGAUAUAUAUUACAUCCCAGAAAAUAGCAAUACUCUGUCACAGCCCUGAGA